CUUCAAUAGCCCAGCAUGUCAUUUCAAGGGGCAUACGCGAAGUAUGUCAUUCUAAAGCAGUUUGUUUCCCUGUCAGGUUUUAAUUUCGACGCGUGCUACAACAAUGAGGCGGGUAACUUUCCUUGGGCACAGGGCUACAACAACGGCGAAUCUCUGGUUACGCGGUGAGAGUUCCCCGUCAUGUACUAUGAUGGCCAAGACUUUCCCGCCAAAAGCGCUGUCGGUUGGGUUUCUGCAAAGAAUUUACGAGAUUCCGGUGUCAAGAGCAAGAAUUCGCUUAUUCCUCACAUACAAUCGGUUCGCAAGUUUCUCGAGUCUCGAGUAGCAAAGCAUUCGCCAAAACACGAAACAGACGAGACAAGGACUGGAAUACCUAACACAACGGAAGAACAACCGAUCAAGCUCAACACAAACUCAGCUAUGCUUCCAGGUGCCCAAUCUGAGCCUCAUGAAGCUCAUGGAUCGACUCCAGAGCUGGUCUCACGAUCUGGCUCCCAAGUUCAAUCACAAUCACAACCUGGUAUUCACGACAGAGAAGAGCGAAACCUUCCUCCCGGCGUUGAAGUAAUCUCGAUUUCGAGUCAUCGGUCAGAAGAGCAGUCUGAUGAGCCUUUAGGUAUAUUCGAGCCUAGACCUCUCACAGCACUUACGAAGGCAAUGCAGGAAAAAUGCCAAAAGGCCAGUCCAACGAGAUUAUAUCACGGUAGCAGAGAAAAUAGAAGCACCGCCUUAGAGAAACCUGUUGAAACUGGGCCAUCUGACAUGAUCAGAUUAGCGCAAGCCACACUUGACGUUGUAUGUCCUCUAACUUCUCUUCAAAAGGGGCAGCCUUUGGUAAACCAAGGGUCCCAGUCACUUGAGGAGGCAGAACGAUGUCGAUACAAGCCUGUUCCAUCAAGAAAUCUUUAUAACCUUGAAGUCCCUAGAGCCUCUUGUUUUUUGCCACCAAUCGGUUUCAUGUUACAGCAAGAUAUGGGCGGUCAUCUACUACUUCGAGAACUUCACGGUCAAGUGCCUACCGAUACUGACCGACUGUUUUCUCAUCGUACUUUGUCGAUGCAAGCGCCGCUUGUUCCAUCGUCGUAUACGCGACUACCGACGACCCAACCAAUGACCCUAUCGCCAGCUGUCAAACCUUCACGUCGUCAACCAGCAUCGAAUAAUCAUCCAGUUACUCGUCAUCCCAUAGGCCAGAACUAUUGUUCACUUGCUAGGCACUUCAGUUCCACAAAGGCAAUAUCCAAUACAGCCAGCAAAUCCAUUUGCGACCUCGGCUUCGAGGAUGACGAGCACUUCAAGAUAUGUCUCAGAUCUUGGUGUGGAUGCUGUAUCGGGCCAUCACCCUUCGUUCACUUCCUGAUAUCCGCUGUAGAUACCCUGUAUUAUAAUCCGGGCCAAGGCGGGGUUAUGCAUCACUCUGGUACUCCUACUUUCGAUAGCAGUCAGCUACGAGAGACAAGCACGGGGCAUUGGCUGCGGACAAGAUGUUCACAGCGUAACUACAUUCAUCGCUACCUCCUACCUGCUGGCACGCCCGACAAGAGGAUAUCUAGCUUAUCUCGGUUAUUCUCAUUUACUCUUGUCUAUAUCUACUGCCCUAAGCAUCCAGGGUCAGGUCAUUUUAGUAACACCAUCUACUAUCAACACUCCUGGGCUCAGGACGGCUAUAUGACCGAGUCGGCCACGACCACCUGUCCAUGGCGUCUUGGUAGUUAUCAAGAGUGGAAAAUUGAGGACAGGAAUCCCGUCCCAGACGAACGGCGAUAUAACGCUCUUGAAAAGCAAGUCAACCUAGGUGCGAUCAAGACAACGCAAGAUGAUGAAGAAGGCACCAUCUCGCUGGAUUAUACAUCGGCAGCUUUAUCAUCCACCUCACUGUCUCGGUCCAUAAAUACACAGGUAGGAGUCAUAAACGCAGGUAAAUCGAAGCAGGCGUCUUUGGACACCUUGGCGAAUUUUCCGAGUAGCCAGGAGGAAUUCCUGGACCAGAUGAAUCAGCCCAAUGCAUUUCCAUGCCAAAGUCUGAGGAAUGGAAACUUCUUAGCUGUGGCCGAGUUGGAAAACGGCAGUGAGGAGAUGAAAAGUCGAGCACAACCACAGGCUCUUCCUAUCAGAGGUCCCAAGCGACUUGACAGCGCUACAUCAGCCCAAUGUGGUGAAGGCGACGGAGCUGUUUGA